UUGUUCAUCAGCUGACAGGAGGAGAUCAAAUGGCCGUUCUGGAGUUGAUUCUGAUGUUGCUGCUGCAGUUUGAAGGAUUUGGAGGAGGAGGAAUUCUCUUUGUGUACCAUAGAGUUGGAGAGGAUGUUGUUUUGCCUUGUAGCUUCCCUUCGUCUUUCCACAGAUGCUCCACAGUUGACUGGUUUUAUCAGAGAAAUGUAAACAUGAACACACAGAUAAAGAUUCAAAGUGGAAAAGUUAUUCAGAGUUCACUUCAAGAUGCCAGGCUGAGUUUGAACAGUGAAUGUUCUCUGGUCAUCAACAACAUCACAGCUGAGGAUGCUGGACGUUACACCUGUCGAAUCUGGGAUGGAUUUAUUUCUGAGAACAUUGUGUACGUGAACAUUUUGGCCAUUUCUCCGAAAGAUACUGAUCCAGCAAAUGAUGGAGCUUUUCUACUGAAGUGUUCUCUGUGGAGAUACAGUGAGACUGGUUAUUGUCCAGAGAAUAGCUUUAACUGGGUGGAUGAGACAGGAACUGAGCUGUUUGGUGAAGAUGCUGGGUACAAGUUCAAUGAACAAACAAGUUAUCUGAGUGUGAAGCAUCAAAAUGUCCAAAACAAAACUUUCAGCUGUCGGUUUGUUGAAAGAAAAAGUGUGAAGAUAGAAGUUCACUACAUCUUAAUCUCUACAGGAACUGAUCAUUUCAAACCUGAUAUCAAAAUGUUCCAUGCCUGGUCUCCUCUAAAGUCCAUCACAUGGACUCUGCGCCUUGCAGCACUGAUCCUAAUGAUUGGAGUCACUGUUGGUCUCAUCAGAACCAGAGGAUGUAAGAAGCCGUUGAAAGAACCCAACACACAGUCAACUAUGAAAAUGUUGRACAGAGUCCUGCUGCUCCCACACUCAGCUGAACUUCAUCACAUCCACUUCAACUGGAACCAGAACCAUCCGUUAUCAUCUUUUACUGCAAUUUUUGAGGAAUGAAAACUUUCUGAAGUUUAUUUUCAAGUUUUUCAUCUUUGUUUCCAUAUAAAUCUGAAACACCUUGAGCUGUUUGUGAUUUUAUACUAUGUUGACUUUAUUUUUAAAAUAAAAA